AUGGCAGCCAGUCGAAAAUCGCGAAUCAAUGCCCCGCCGGCACCGUCAACUACCCUCGUCCUCGACAAUGGCGCCGACACAAUCAAGGCCGGGUUUGUGACCGGCGCCAAGACCGAUGAACCCCGUAUCAUUCCCAACUGCCUCGCCCGAGACCGCCACAGAAAGACGUAUGUCGGAUCCGAGCUGCAGAAAUGCAGGGACUUUGGGGAAAUGGCUUUCCGACGGCCGGUUGAGAAGGGGUAUAUCGUGAGCUGGGAGGCACAGAAGGAGAUCUGGGACCGCGAAUUCCUCGACGACAAGGCGCCCCAGAAAUGCGACCCGUCUGAGAGCCGCCUGGUCCUCACCGAGCAGCCGAACGCCCUCCCCGCCCUGCAGACGCAUUGCGAUCAGAUGGUGUUUGAGGAGUUUGGCUUUGCCAGCUACUGCCGUACCAUUGGCCCGGCGUUGAACGCAUACCAAGACAUUCAAGCCAUAUUCCACACACCAAGGGCGCCUGACACUUCCAUAGACGUGCCAGCGGAGAUCCUACUCGUCGUCGAUUCCGGCUAUUCCCACACUACCGUCACUCCAGUCGUGCAGGGCAGGCCACUACAUCCAGCCAUCCGGAGACUGGACGUGGGGGGCAAGCUCAUGACCAACUACCUAGCCCGCUUGCUCUCCGUCCGGCACUUUGACAUGCGCAACGAACCCUUCAUUGUGAAUGAGAUGAAGGAGGCUGUUUGCUACGUCUCGCUAGAUUUCAAGGGCGACCUAGAAAAGACGUGGAAGGGGACGCGCGGGGAACGAAGGGAGGAUUAUCUCGGCGGCGGCGGCAUUGCAAAGGACUACGUGCUUCCGGACUCUCAUACCACCUUCCACGGGGUUGUUCGAGAAUACGAGCCCGGCAUUUCCGCCCGCGCCCGCAAGGCGGCCGUGUCCACCGAGGACGUGCUGACGCUGCGGAACGAGCGCUUCGUCGUUCCCGAGACCUUGUUCAAUCCCCCCGACAUUGGCCUGCGGCAGCCCGGCCUCGCCGACCUGGUGAUGCAAUCGCUGUCAGUGCUGCCCAUCGGCCUGUGGCCCGGUCUGCUGGCCAAUAUUGUGGUUGUGGGCGGCAACGCCCGGUUCGACAACUUCAUCCAGCGGCUGCAGAUGGAGUUGCUGGAGCUCGUGCCGGAUGAGUGCGUUGUUCGGGUGGCACGCCCCGAAAAUGCUGUUACUAGCACUUGGCUGGGGGCGGCCAAGUUUGCGAGACACGAACAUGUCGAGAGACUGGCAGUGACGAAGCAAGAAUACGAAGAAAACGGGGCCGGGUGGGUUGCCCGGAAGUUUGCCGCCGGCCUAGGGGUUGACACAUGA